AUGUCGCUCCUUAAACAACGGGGCUGGCUAACUCCGGCUCUUCAUCUGUCUCUGGCCUGUGUAUCGUGAAGGGGGGUAUUUUCCACAUCCGUUGACUUCUGUGAAUUUAUCCGCAAUGGUGCAACUAUCAGAUUAAAAGCUUCUUCUUGACCUUUAUCUCUCCCGGCGUCCACGCGGAGGUGUUUUGUCUACAUACCGCGUUCAUGCCUCAGAGGCAGGGGUGGGGCAUCAGAUCCCCUGGAACUGGAUGGUUAUAAUAAAAAAGUGGAGGCUGAGACUUGAACCCAGGUCCUCUGGAAGAGCAGCUCAUGCCCCUAACUCCUGAGUCAUCUCUUCAGAUUACUCCCACCUUCUUAAUCCAAUCAAGAUGACAAUUGAGAAGAUCCAAGUGCCUCACCAAGUCACAACAAAUGGGGAAUACGUGUGUGGAAAGAUGUCCCAUCUCGUUAUCCCGUCGACAGGAGAAGACAAAUGAAAGCACUUUACAGAACUCCCACAGGCUUGGUAGAGCUGACAACAGUAAUGCUGGCUACGAUACAGAGUAACACAUUCUCAUUUAUUGCUAGAUGGAAUGAAAAAUGGCGUCAACCUAGGUAGCCUGCUGCUUCUCCACAUGUAAUUUUGAACUCACAGAGAUCCACCUGCCUCUGCUUCCGGAGAACUGGAAUCAAAGCUGACAGCCUCGGGAGCCGGCCCUGACAGCAGCACAGUAAUAAAUGGUCAACAGUGAUAAAUGUCCCCUGAAUAAACUUGACUCCUUUUGAUGACUUCACCUCACCUGUCUGCAGCGCAAACUGAAUGAAGGAAAAAAGAACAACAACAACAAAAGAAAUGAAAUGAAUCAUGACCUGUUCAAGCGCCGUGCAAGAGAAAUGAUUGCACAUGAAGGGGGAGUGCGCAGCCAGCCGCAGACACAUGUGGGAGAGCCCAGAGGACAGAUGGUCCUGAGGGGAAACCAGAAUGCAAUUGCCCUUCAGUAUCCAAGGGGCAUUGGUGUUAGGAUACCAAAAUCAAAAGAUGUUCAAGUACUUCAUUUAAAAUGGUGUAGUGGUCAUGGGCCUGAGUUCGUAGGCGCAGCGGGCCUAGCCUAGUCAACAUGCCGGUCGCCAGAAGCUGGGUUUGUCGCAAAACCUAUGUGACCCCACGGAGACCCUUCGAGAAAUCGCGUCUCGACCAGGAGCUAAAGUUGAUUGGAGAGUAUGGACUCCGGAACAAACGUGAGGUGUGGAGGGUCAAAUUUACCCUGGCGAAGAUUCGUAAGCUGUUGACGCUGGACGAGAAGGAUCCUAGGUGUCUGUUUGAAGGCAACGCUCUGCUGAACCGACUUGUUCAGAUUGGGGUGCUGGAUGAGGGCAAGAUGAAGCUGGAUUUCAUUCUGGGCCUGAAGAUUGAGGAUUUCUUGGAGAGAAGGCUGCAAACCCAGGUCUUUAAGCUGGGCCUGGCCAAAUCUAUUCACCAUGCCCGUGUGCUCAUCCGCCAACGUCACAUCAGGGUUCUCAAGCAGGUGGUGAACAUCCCAUCUUUCAUUGUUCGCCUGGACUCUCAGAAGCACAUUGACUUUUCCCUCCGUUCUCCUUAUGGUGGUGGCCGCCCAGGCAGAGUGAAGAGGAAGAAUGCCAAGAAAGGCCAGGGUGGUGCUGGAGCUGGUGAUGAUGAGGAAGAGGAUUAAUUAAUUAAUUAAUACCUUGUUGCACUGGAGGAUUGUCUAGUUUUCCCGUUGACAAAUAAAACAGAAUUGAUACUUGAAAAAAAUAAAAUAAAAUGGCGUAG